AUGUCUAGCAUCGCUGAACGCCCCACCAAGUCCUCUGGCAACAAUGGCUCAAGCACAAGCACGAGCACAAUCCCGGUUAAUAGACCGUGGCAGGACCCCUUGCUGGACCGUGGCCAGCCACCUGGUGCCCGAAGCUCAACAGCAAGCCACCCCGUGGGCCGCUGGCUUACGGAACCGUCUUGGCAGGAGCCUUUCAACACCAUUGCUGAGGUGCCUGCGGACGACUCCAAGUCCAGGUGCGCGGGUGGAGAUCAGGGGUCAGGUGCGGCUGCGUCGUAUGCCACGUCCAGAACGCAGCAGCAUGAGUGA